UGAAUAUUUGUCUUGGAACCUUUCCUGGUAAAUAAUGAGUAAUACCCUCUAUAACCAUUGUACCAAGUUAAUUCAGUCGAUACAAAAGGAUCUGGACGAAUUUGAGCGUGGUGUUGAAGAUGAAAGCAACGCUAUAUCACUGGCUGGUAUCCAAGGCCAAAUAUCGGCAUCUUUUCUUUCUCUAACUCGCUCUAUCGAGGAUUACAAUAGCAUGGUGAAGCGAGAAUUGAUACCUGCGAAGAAAAAUAAAGCCACUGUGCGUGUUCAAGAGUUUCGUCAAAAACAUUCCCAAUUAUCGGAGCAUUUUGAGCAACUAAAGGUCCAAGUUCGCGAGGCUGCCCAUGCAAAAAAUAGAAGGGAUUUGUUUGGAAGAAGAGGAUAUGCGAAUGCAGCUCCCGACAACCCUUACGGCGAAAAUGCAAUGACGGAUGCUGAAGUCGUUGAGAAUGGCUUGCCCAACAUCACCAGGCAGGAAGGGCUUUUACGUGAAAAUGAUUUCUUAGGAAGGGCAGAAACCCAGAUUGACGAGUAUUUAGAACGCGGCCGUUUGCUACUUGGUGACUUGGUUGAACAAAAAACAAUUUUAAAGUCGACAAAGAAGAAGAUACUUGAUGUAGCAAAUACGUUGGGCAUAACACGGACGACGCUCUCAGCUAUCAACAGGCGUUCAAGGCAAGACAAAGUCAUAUUUUAUUUGGGUGCAGCUUUUGUCUUUCUGUGUUUUUAUUUAAUUGUUCGAUGGUUACGCUGAACCCCUAAAGAAAACUUCUCUAUGGGUAUGACAACUUUUUUACUAAACAUACAACGAAUCAUGUGCUACCGCAAAUUUGAAAUCCUCCUUGGAGUUUUCUUUCAAACCUUUAUUGAGAACACUCGUUCUUCGACCAUAACGGAUUUUUCACCAUCUCUAUCCUUUUUCAAAGCAUGGCCUGUCAUAAUGAACUACUCUUCUGCUUACAGUGUUCUUCUGUCUUAACUGCUCGUCAGGACAAACGUAUUUCUCAUGAUAUCUGUUCAAACGAUCGGUCUUCAACGACUUCUUCCUGGAAAAAUGAAUAGUAAAAGCGAGGAUGAAUCAGAUUUUGGGCAGCAUAUUUUCUAUAUUUCUAUUUCCUUCCUUUUUCGUGUAUAUAGUCUUCAAUUUUAAUAAUUGUUAGCGUAGCCCUCAGAACUUCGAUAUUAUAAUAUUACAAACCUCGUAUUUAUUUACACCACCA